CCAAAGCAUGUCUUUAUUCCGCAAACCGAAAAAGACAAUCCAGCGGCGCGUGUUCACCGAAAACGACGAUGACGACGACGAGCCCAUGGACGUGGAGGCGCAGCCCCCUCAAGACCGCGACCACAAGAAAAAAUCCAAACACAAGCCGAAACAGCCGCUCCUCAGCUUCGAAACCGAGGAAGAAGGCGAAGUAUUCCAAGUAAAAAAGUCCUCACACAGUAAAAAGGUCAUGAAAAUGUUCGAAAAAGAACGCCAAAAGAAGAAAGAGACCAAGCCCGAAAAAGACCCCAAACCCAAAGUCAAGACCGAGAUCGUAACGGACGACUUGGUCCUCGUAGUGAACCACAAACCGGCCCCGCCCUUGAUUCUGAGCGGCCGUGACGCCCUAUGUGCCGGAAAGGACGAUUUAUCCGACGAGGACGAGGCCCCAACCACCCACAAAUUCUCCAAACCGGACAACUUCAAGAAGGUCUUGGAAUCGGGGGCGAUCCCCGACGCCGCCAUGAUCCACGCCGCGCGAAAGCGCCGCCAGCGGGCGCGCGAAAUGGGGGACUACAUCCCAGUGGAGGAGGAGGAGCCCGAGGACAAGGGGCGCUUGUUGCGGGAGGAUGAUAACGAGGGGAGCGACGACGAACGAAUCGACAUGGACGUGAAUUUGGCCCUCAGGGACCAGGAACGGAGGCGGGAGCAGUUUCUAGCGGCGCAGGAAUCGGAUCAGGAGGUGGACGAGUGGGAGCACCAACAGAUCAGGAAGGGGGUCACGGGGGCCUCCGCCCUCGCCUCCGAUUUGUUGUACACUGACUACCAACCCGAACCUACGGCUGUGGCAGCCCCCGUGCAAGCCAUGGACCCCGGGGUCCCCCGGACCCCGCAAAUGAUCGCCGAUAAGUUGCGCGAACACUACCAGAACGUGUGCGAGUCACGCGAGGCCAAUAUCAACAAAUUGCAACAAAAUCAGCAAGACAUUGAGCAAAUUUCCAAAGAGUUGGAGGAAUUAAAGACGAAAGCGCCAAUCGCCGCUGAACGAUUCAAAUUCUAUCAAGAACUUCGGGGUUAUAUCACCGAUUUGGUCGAAUGUCUGGACGAGAAAGUUGGCGUGAUUGCAAGUCUGGAACAACGGGCUAUGGACCAAAUGGCCAAGCGCUCCGAGUGGCUGAUUGAGCGCCGGAGACAGGACGUGCGGGACCAGGCUGAGGAGGCGACCAACAAGGCCGGGAUGAAGAAGGUGGCGGAAGAUGAGGAAAAGGUGCGGCGGGCGGCUGAGCGCGAGGGGCGGCGCACCAGGAGGCGCAGGGCGCGCGAGAUCGGGGGGCAACCCAAGCACGUUGAAGGCAUGUCCAGUGACGAUGAAAUCUCGCAACAAGACAUGCUAAACUUUGACAAGGAACGCGAGCAACUCGAUGGGGAAAUCCAGGAGGUUUUUGAGGACGUGGUCGAGGACUACUCCUCAGUUGCGAACAUUUUGAUCAAGUUUGAGGAGUGGCGGGAGACCGACUUGGCGGCCUACAACGAGGCUUACGCCACGCUGUGCCUCCCUAAGGUCGUGAGCCCCCUUGUACGCCUCGACUUGAUUUUUUGGGACCCGUUGAACGACUCCGUCGACAUCGAAAAACUGGAUUGGUACCGAACGUUGGCCCUCUACGGCCUACACGACGACGAAAGUGAGGCAACUCUAGCCCAGGACCCCGAUAUCAACCUCCUCCCCACAAUAGUCGAGAAAAUAAUCAUUCCGAAGCUAACACAAUUAGUGGACCGGUGUUGGGACCCCUUGUCCAGCUCACAGACGUUGAAACUGGUGGGGAUUAUCACUCGCUACGUUCGCAAGUUUCCGACACUAGGGCCGGCGAGUAAAGCGUUGAAUAAUUUGUUCAAUGCCAUUUUGCACAAAAUGAAGUGUGCCCUCGAACAUGACGUUUUCAUUCCGCUUACACCCAAAUUGAUUGAGAGCAAGUCGCCCUUUUUUCAGAGACAGUUCGCCAGUGGAUUAAAGUUGCUGAAGAAUAUUACGAGUUGGCAAGGUGUGCUCAAUGAUAAUACGCUCAAAGAACUGGCGCUGAAUUCGCUCCUGAAUAGGUAUUUGUUGAGUGCGGUCAAGUUUUGUUUGCUGACUGAUGCCGUGUCCAAAGUUAGUUUAAUUAGUUUGAUUUUGCCGAGGGUUUGGCUGCAGGGUAAUACUCCCGAGUUGAAAAUGUUCAGUUCGAGUGUGCUGAACCUGUCGCAGCAGUUGGAUAAGAAUAAUCCUCUACAUUUGGAAAGUAUUGAUAUUUUAAACAAUAUUCUUAAAACAUUGCGCACUUGAGUGGUUUUGUGUGAUAAUAAAAAGAAAUUUUAAUG